AUGUCGAAGCAAGGACGCUAUUUCCCAUUUUCUAAAGACCACAUCUGGUGUCGUGUCUUCUUGGGAUCAUCUUCAUCUUCAUCAAACCAUCCAUCAGCAUCGCCCUACUGUUAUGGAACCAGCCAGACUGCUGAUCGAGAGGCCGAUCUCCCGCUUGGAGCAGAAUCAAAAGUAUCUGUGACAGAUGACUCGGACGACAAUGAGCACUUCCGGGUAGGAAGCAAGCUGGGACUCGUUGGCAGAUUCCAUAAACACAUCUGCGACGCAGUGGCCAAGGCCCUGUCAGUGACAGAGCUAGCUCGCCUUGCGUUUGGAGAUUUCCAAGCCACUGCACACACAGAUUCUGAUGUACCAGACGUUGUCCUGCUUGCUCUGUCGAGAUUGGACGUCCUCGCCGUGGGCGUCCUCAAAACAUUUUGGACGGUCGAGCUCGAAAAAUACCCGGUCAAUGACGGUGCCGCGAACAUGGCUAUCAUGCAGCCACAUUUCGGUAUUAUGAACCCUUACAGCCGUUUGCUCACUUGCUGA